AUGACAAAAAAAGAAGCGGAUGCGAUGGAAGCAAAGACGCUACUAUCCAUGAAGACCUAUCUUAUGGAGAAACUCCAAGCAUCCCCUAUCGAUUUGCCUACUGACAUAUAUGAUUCAACGGGAAGCCAAAUUCAAGAAUGGGACGGAAUCUUAUUGUCAAAAGAUAUUCUUUAUCUCUUGGAAGCAAAACAUGCCAUGACAGUCGAAAAAGUUGAGAAAAUCGCAGAAAGGGUGAAUCAAUUUCCUAAAAUGAUUCAACUUUCGUCUCAAAAAAUACUUAAUGCAAAGUAUAGUAAGAUUGUUGGAGUUGCUUGUGGAGCCCGAUUCCCCGAUGGCUGUCGCGAAGAAGCUCAUCGAUUAGGAUUAAUGGUUGUUUAUCCGUCGGGAAGUCAUUACAGAGUUGAUGGCAAGGUUGAAUUUGAUUACACUAUUAAAAGAUGA